GCGCGCCGGUGACAGGUGUCAUGGCGUCAUUUUCAAGGCGCUGUGUUGCGGAUGUCCUGUCAGGCGGUUCUUGGGGCUUCAGUGUUCCUGAUGAUGGAUGUUGAGUGACCCGGUGGGUGACAUGGAGGACUGCGGAGUGGCCGAGCUGCUCGAAGAGUUCUCCCGUGCUCAAUACCGGACUAAGGACGUCAGCCCCAAGGUUGAAGUAAUUGAGAAGCGCUGCUUGGCGUUGUUUGGUAAAGAUUAUUGUUACAGUCUCAUCCAGAAUACAAAUGGAGAUCUCUGCAGCCAUUAUCCACGGCAAAUCGUCUUCUUGGAAUAUGAGAGCACAGAGGAAGAGAAAAACACAAAAAGGACAAACCAAGAAUAUGGUAUACCAAAUAUGUUAUAUACCUCCAUAAUGAUAGAUGAGGCCACUUUUGGACCUCCCAUCUAUGAGAACAUGCUAUUGGAUGAUUAUGUAGAUGCCCCUCUGAGUAUUCCCGUCUCUUUAACAAGGAAUUUAAAUAUAGAUUGGAGAGAGUAUCAGCACUGGGACUUGGUGAAACAGACCCAAAACUACCUAAAACUACUCAUCCAGAUUAUAAAUGGAGAUGAUAAUAGUGGACUUCUAGUGCAUUGUAUUUCUGGCUGGGACCGCACCCCACUUUUUGUAUCACUCUUACGACUAUCUCUUUGGGCAGAUGGAAUAGUUCACAGCAGUCUGGAUCCGGUAGAGAUUCUUUACCUUACCAUUGCGUAUGACUGGUUUCUAUUUGGGCACAUGUUGGCUGAUCGUCUUAGCAAGGGUGAAGAGAUAUUUUUUUUUUGCUUCAAUUUUUUGAAGCACAUCACUUCGGACGAGUUCUCCUCUUCUGGGAGGAAAUCACGGAGAAAAAGUGUACAGCCACGUGAUUCCGCUUUAUGCCUAGAAGAUUUCUGCAUGUUGAAACGCAGAGAUCGCGGCAGUGCAAAUAGUCUUAGCAGUGAUUUCUCUGUUAUAACUGAAGAUUCGCCUUGUGUCUCAGGAAGCUUUAACUGUGAAGCCGUGGACUUGAUGAGUUUUGGCACUCAGGGCCAGGCAGUCUGGAAAAAGACACAUACCUCCUCUCCCCAAACUGUGCCGUGGUACAAGGCUCCAUCCUCUGCAGAAGACCGGCUACUGCAGCCUGCGGUAACCGAAGCAAAGUCAUCCAGCUCUUCCUCUUCCAACCACUCAGACAUUUUUCUGCGAUCUGGGAGUAGCCCGCUGGAAGUGCCGCAGCGCAGAUCAGCAGAGCAUUCCUUGCCCGGAUCCUCAGUCUCUACAGAUUAUGGCAGCUGGCAGAUGGUUUCGGAGGGUGGUAGUGUUAAUGACCACAGUAUCCUGAGCUCCAGCACCUUCCUCCCCUUCAGCUUUCCAGACGAGCACCCAAACACUUGCUUGAUGCCAGCCCAGACAGAACGAGAGUCCCGUUUAGAGGCCGUGCGCUCUAUCUUUCUAGCUGCCUACAGCGCUAUUGGCCUGAAGUCUGUGUCCCCAAGUCCCUCAGGAGCUAUCAGUGGCCUUUUAGAACAGUUUGCACGAGGAGUAGGACUCAGAGGAACAAGUAAUAUUGUGUGACUGAAUACCAUGAAGUAAAGACACAGGAAUAUAGAAGCCAUCUGCCACAAGGCCAUACUUUUGGAAUCCUAUACAGUGGAAACCAUGAGCAGCUGCCUCUGAGGUUUCGAGUUUCUAAAAAAAUUGCUGCAGGUCUCUGAAAUAGUUUGGACUAUGGCAAUUCACAAUGGUGCUCACAAUUCAGAAAGGAAAUGUGUUUCAAUCUGUAGCUUUUCGAAAUAUAGAUAUGAUUUUUGUUUUGCUUCAGGAUCGUUCCUCGUCUGCAGCAGGAAGCAGCAGUCUAUGACUGAAUUAUUUUAUAUCUGAAAAGCUAGGAUGGAAACGUUUCAUAAAGACACGGUUUACUGUAAGAGUAUCUAAUGUGUGUGCUUUACUGUUUUAUGGGAAUAUCAACGUUGGAAUUAUUGAGUGGUGCCAAUAUAAUUCUGUGGCAAUCUACAUUUGUAAUGUUAAAGGGAUGCUAAACCCACAAUUUUCCUUUCAUGAUUUAGAUAGAGCAUGUAAUUUUAAGCAACUUUCUAAUUUACUACAUAUUUUCUACGUUCUCUUGCUAUCUUUAUUUGAAAAGCAGAAAUGUUAAGCUUAGGAGCCAGUCCAUUUUAGGUCCAGCACUAUGGGUUAAGCUUGCUUAUUGGUGGGUAAAUGUAGCCACCAAUCAGCAAGCGCUACCCAGCUGCUGGACCAAAAAUGGGCCGGCUCCUAAGCUUACAUUCCUGCUUUUCAAAUAAAGAUACCAAGGGAACGAAGACAAAUUAGAAAGUUGCUUAACAUUGCAUGCUCUAUCUGAAUCAUGAAAGAAAUAAAGUUUGGGUUUCAGUUUUCUAGUUGCAAGACUGAAGUUUAACCUGUUGAGUGCUGGAGGGGACCCAUUAUAAAGCCUAUAAAUGCAACCCGUAACUAGAGAUUUAACCUACAGCAUGAAGAUGGCAACAUUACAAACAAGAAGUAAAUGCUUUUUUGGCACUACAGCAUUUACACACCUUGCCCCAGACACUUUAUAACAGGCAACAAAUCUAUUGCUUAUUUCUGUGGGUAGAAUGUUAACAGAACCAUUGUGAAUUAAAAGGGAAUGUUGUAUGGGCCAGGAGUGAUUUACCUUUCUGUAGGAUUCCUUCACCCUCUCUCCUCGUCAACUGUCUACCUUGAGAUUUACAGCACAACCAUUAAUGUAGAACUAACAUGAUUUUAAGUAUUUCCAGCCUUAAACCUAAUGCGUUGAUUGGCUCAGACAUGUUAAUUAAAGGGCAAUUCUAGUAAAAAUGCUUUAAUUCAUUUGAGCAUGUCAUUCUAGCAAUGCUGCAAGUCUACGUCUAAAGUAUGGCUCAGGAGUGGCAGAGAACUGCUGGUCUCAUACAGAAACUAUUAGUGACCCAUUCAGAAGUAGCCUUGGCACUACCUAGCUUCACAAUUGCUACUGCUGAUUGGCUCACUGUGCGUGUCAGCUCGUGACUAGCAGUUUUCUCAGGCUCCUUAUAAGUACUUUGUGUGUUUAAACUAUUUUCAGGGGUUAAACACAUAGACUUGCAGUGUUGCUAGUGCUUAAAUGAGAUGCUGUAACGAAUUAGAGCAUUUUAUUUGUUUCACUAGAAUGGCUCUUUAACCUCCCUGCUCAAACAUAAAUGUGGUUCAAAUCUGGUGUGUGACCUGACAACUGGAUUUGUCUUACCCUUUAUGUAGAAAAAUGAAGUGACUAUCUCCUGUGCUGUUUUUUGCAUAUUAUUUAAAAUAUUUGGGGGAAAGUUUUACCAACACUAAUUACAGAUGCUCAGUAUUAUUUUGUAGUGCAGCAUAGUUCUUUUUUUAUUAUUUUGAUUUAGAAUAAAGCUGGUUACUUGAUAUUGUGUAUACAGGACAGAGGCGAAUUCAGAUCAAACAAAAAAAAAGCAUUGUUUUAAGGGGACAUUAAGCACUUUGAAAUAUUAAUAUAAAGUCUUUAAUUUUAUGUAGUAAAACAAUUUUGCAGUAUA